CACAAACACACACACACCUACCUCCUUCCCCUCUCAGUUUCAGUCACUGGUUAGAAAUGGCAGCUGCUGAGGACCCCUAAACCACUCUGGCAAAUUAAGGAGAAAUGCGUCGUUUAAAAUGGAUUAACUCAUUAACGGGAAUGUCAACAGUCCAGUCGUGAGCUGUUACGACAGACAGAAGAGGAACCAGUGGCGUAUAUCUUUCCAAACCACAGCGUCUGUCUGUCUAUCUGUGUGAAGUGUAUUUUUGGGGGUAAGAGAGACGUCGAUUAGCAUUAGCACUGUUAGCUUCGCUGCUGCUUUCGCCUGCCGCUGCCGAGCUUUCGCGCUCUUCCCGCCGCAUUCCCUCCCGCUGCGCUCUCACGCGCUGCCGAGGCUCCUGCGGCCUGCCGAUACGCCUGCUGCUACCGCUGUGUGCUGCGGGUCAUGAAAAGCUGCUUUUGUCCGAAAAGGAAGGACGCAGUGCAUUUUACAAAUUCCUCCAUGAUGCCUGAGGUGCGGGACCUUUCAGACGCCCUGCCAGAGAUGCCCAUGGACCCGAUCACUGGCGUAGGGGUUGUGGCCUCAAGAAACAGAGCUCCCACGGGCUAUGAUGUGGUUGCACAAACCACAGAUGGGAUCGAUGCAGACUUGUGGAAAGACGGUCUGUUCAAAUCCAAGGUGACCCGCUAUCUGUGCUUCACCAGGGCUUUCUCCAAAGAGAACAGUCAUUUAGGAAAUGUGCUUGUAGACAUGAUGCUCAUCGACAUCAAGGACACGCUGCCUGUGGGAUUCAUUCCCAUUCAGGAAACUGUGGACACACAGGAGCCGGCCUUCAGGAAGAGGAGGUUAUGUAUCAAGUUCAUCCCGAGAGACUCCACUGAAGCUGCCAUCUGUGAUAUCCGCAUCUUAGGACGCUCUAAACAGGCACCGCCACAGUAUACAUUCAUAGGAGAGCUGAACAAUAUGGGGAUCUGGUACCGUAUGGGAAAGGUGCCACGGACCCAGGACUCUUCACCUGUACAGAACAACACCACCAAUAACUCCGUCACCAGCAACUCCACUCCAGCACCAGUCUUGCCCAAGCACAUAUCCAUGACCCUGCCGGCAUGUUUCAGAAAAAGCACAACCAGACCAGACUUUGAACACCAGAACUCCAACCUCUAUGCCAUAUCUGCUAUGGAUGGAGUGCCUUUCAUGAUUUCGGAGAAGUUUGCAUGUGCCUCCAGUGAUUUGCAGCAGGUGGAUCUAAUGGGCAUCAGAAUCAAAUCACUUGCAGAGAUCGAGAAGGAGUAUGAGUAUAGUUUCCGGACGGAGCACAGUGCCGCGGCCCGUCUGCCACCCAGUCCCACCAGAACAUCUCUGGGCUCUGAGGCCUAAUGCUCACGCACUCGAGGAAAGAUGGAAAGGAGGAGAACUUCGAACCUCUGAAGACCUGAUCUGAGCAGAGACACAUCCACCUCUCUGAAAGCACAACGGAAACCCACAAAACAAAUGGCGACGAGUUGGAAGGAGGGAAAAAUAAGGAUACUGAUUGUUUUUUUUGUUUUGUUUUUUUUCAUAAAAUUAACAAAUAUUUCAUGUGGUCAACUUCAGUCUCUCUUAAGUUGAUGCUGCUUUUUCGUAAAGAGCUUUGGAUCAAAUCAAAACCACUACCGUGUUUCUUUUGUUAUGUGACAAGUAUUGCAUCUGAAGUUGCGUUCUGACUUAUUCUGGCUGCUGGACUGAGAUGCUGUUACCGUAAUGACUUUAUGAAGGGUCACACUUGGACAAACCCUUAAGAAUUCACAUUUGAGCCCCAAAGUCUGCGUUCAUGCGUCAAAUGCAUGGAGGUGAAAGUUGUUGGGUUUUUUUGCCUCUUUUUGUUUGUUCGCUGGCUCGGUUUUAUUUAGAUCGCAGCGACUGCAUGACUUUGAAAUGGAGCCCAGUUCACUGCACUGUUACAGGACUUCUGAAACAUUUCAAUAUUUUUGUGUUUGUCUGGAAAAAAAGAGAUUAGAACAAAAGCACUCCGAUGAGUCAAACCCUUGUACAUAGACAAGCGCUGAAUCAGGAAUGCGUUGAUUUGGAAUUGUGUGUUUUCCCUUUUGUCUUUGUAACCUGAACUGAUCUAUCACUCCAGUCACCACUGCUCAGUUUUACUCUUUCAGUCUCAUGUUAUGAUGUUUGAUGGUGCUCAAGCAUUUGGAUAUUGUUUCUCCCAGUCUAUUUGUGGCUUCUGACAUUUAUGGUGAUAUUUUUUUUAUUUUU